AUGUCGCUCGCCUCGCAAACCGCAGCUCGCUGCUGCCGACAGAUUGUCCGCCCCUCCGCCUCGCUGCGUCUCUCGUCCUCCACAUACCUGUCUCAGCGAACAAUUACCCGGAGAUGGCAGUCCACCGAGGCGGAGGCCGCUGCUCCUGCCAACCCCAAGAUCAACCAGAUUGUCGACCAGAUCAGUCAAUUGACUCUGUUGGAGACGGCAGACCUCGUGUCUACCUUGAAGACCCGCCUUAACAUCCCCGAUCUCCCCGUUGGCGGUUUCGCCAUGGCCCCCGGCGCCGGACAGGCCGCUGCCCCCGUCGAAGAAGAGGAGGCUGCCCCCGCCGCUCAGGAAAAGACCCUCUUCAACCUGAAGCUCGAGUCCAUUGACGCGGCCUCCAAGGCCAAGGUCAUCAAGGAGAUCAAGACCAUGCUCGGCCUGUCUCUCGUCGACAGCAAGAAGUUCGUUGAGUCUGUGCCCAAGGUCCUGAAGGAGUCUGUGCCCAAGGAGGACGCCGAGAAGAUCGUCGAGACUCUCAAGGCUGUCGGUGCUAAGGCCGUCAUGGAGUAA